AUACGUACAAAUCUGCAUCUAUCGGUAUAUACUUUGAUUUUCAAACACAAGCCCAGACAUAUAGAUACACAUAUAGAUCCCUGUAUCUAUACGGUACUGUAAAGAAUUCACACAUAUUAUAAUUGGAUCCAAACUAUACGGUUGAGCAAAUUCCACCUAAUCUAUGGAAAAUCCCUGAUAUAGAAAAGGGAAAUUCUUCGCAACCCGUCUAAAUCCCACAUAUUUAUAUAGCUAUAUAGCAUAUAGGUAAUAUAUAAGAGUGGUUCUAUAUUUGUAUAUAGAUGGGGGCGGUGACGUCGUCUAUGGCGGCGAAGUUUGCGUUCUUUCCGCCGAAUCCGCCGUCGUACGGGGUAGUGGCGGAAGAGGGGACGGGCAAACUGAGGAUGACUGGGGUGGCGAAGAAGGAUAACGUUGAUGUAUUAAAAGUGAAGACGAAGAGGGGGAACGAGAUCGUUGCUAUGUACGUGAAGAAUCCAGUGGCGAAGCUGACGAUGCUAUACUCCCACGGCAACGCCGCCGAUCUGGGUCAGAUGUAUGAUCUUUUCAGCGAGCUCAGCAUUCACCUUCGAGUCAACAUGAUGGGGUAUGAUUACUCAGGCUAUGGACAGUCGACCGGAAAGCCAAGUGAACAGAACACAUAUGCGGAUAUAGAAGCUGUAUAUAACUGUCUUCAAGAGAGUUAUGGACUGAAAGAAGAAGAUAUAAUUUUAUAUGGGCAAUCUGUUGGGAGUGGGCCCACUUUGGAUUUGGCAUCCCGUUUGUCUAGAUUAAGGGCUGCGGUCCUUCACAGUCCAAUCAUGUCUGGUCUUCGAGUAAUGUAUCCAGUUAAACGGACAUACUGGUUUGACAUUUAUAAGAAUAUUGACAAAAUCCCAUUGGUUCAAUGUCCUGUCUUAGUUAUUCAUGGUACUGCAGAUGACGUUGUAGAUUGCUCCCACGGGAAGCAGCUCUGGGAGCUGUGCAAAGAGAAGUACGAGCCCUUGUGGGUUCAAGGUGGCAAUCAUUGUGACCUGGAACUUUACCCAGAAUAUAUUAAGCAUUUAAAGAAGUUUAUAAUAGCAAUUGAAAAAUCAGCACAUUUGAUAAAUGAAUCAAUGCCAUCUACAAAUCAGACAGAAAAUACGCGAAACAGCGUAGAUUGCCAACCUAGAGAAAGCACAUAUCAGAGAGAAAAGUCUAGAUCGAGCACUGAUCAAAGAGAAAAACCUAGAGCAAGCAUAGAUCAAAGAGAGAAAUCCGUAACCAGCAUUGAUAGGAGAGAAAAAUCGAGAAAGAGUAUGGAUUAUGCUGAGAAAGCAAAUAACAAUGCUGAACAGCCAGAGAAAGCAAGGAACAGCAUAGAUCGCUUUGGAGUUAUUAUGAGAUCAGCAGUUUUGUGCAAUAUCGACUGUUUCAAGCCUGUGGGGGCAAAGGUCUGAGGAUGGAUCAAAGUUAUGUUGAAGGCAUUCUUGUAUCCCCAAUUCGUGGUUGCUAAGUUCGUUAUCCAAGCUACAUCUGCUGAAAUAAUCAUCUUUUCAAGAAGGGUCAAAAAUGUAAUUUUGAAUUUUGAUUUGGUUCAUGCGUCCAUGGCGUCAUCCAUAGCUCAGCUUGCCAGACUGCUCUCUUUGCACAACAGGAGCAGAAACACGUUAUUCCAAACCUUAGACAAAUCUCUGAAUCAUCGUACGUUCUUUCGAGUUUCUCAAAUUUGUGAAGGAACCACUUCGGCAUACAGAUUUGGGUUUCUAAUUUGAUUAUUGCGACGAAUUUCUACCCCCAUCUCCCCAGAGAGGUUUGGUUCAUGUAUGAAAGAUAAUUAUUGCUUAUGAUAUUUUUGAUUUUCCGUCUGGCAUGACCAUUUGUGGUAUCAUUUAGGGUGUAUUUUGAUUUGUGUCCUGACGGUUGAUGUCCUAAUAGUCAUUAUGUUGGCAGAAA